AGAUCAAGUCUGGACGCAUCGCGUUCUCCAGCAGAUGGUGCGAUGCGUCGCAGGAGGCGGUGCUGUUCACCAAGAGGCUGCUGGGCAAACCCGUGCAUCGCCCCCCUGCCGAGCGCGCGCUGCAGGACGUGUUUUUCCAGAAGCACCUGCCGGAACCAGAGGAUCCCCCGCUACGCUUCAGCCUGCUGGACGACCUGCGGACCUUCCGGAAGCAGAACAAGCUCAAGCGUGCCUCGUUGACGACCAUCGCCUCGUUGCUGGCGGAUGAGCACGUUAAAGCUGCGCGGGACAUUUUUAUCUCUAUGGACAUCGAUGGGGACGGCACGCUGUGUGUGGCGGAGAUGGAAAAGAGGCUGCGCAAGAUGAAGGAGGAAGGGAAGAUGGACAAGGACAUGAGGAGAAAAGACGUGGAACGUGUUUUUCGAGACUUCGACAGUGCGAGUGGCUCCUUAAAGGACUUCACUUACACGGAGUUUCUCGCUGCCACAUUCGACAGGAAGACCUGCUUGACGGAGGCGGUUUGUCGAGAGGCCUUCACCACCCUGGACAAGAACGGGGAUGGGACCGUGGACCUGGGAGAGCUGCACUCGGGGCGCCUGCUGGGCCACAUUGACAUGGCCGAACUCAAGGAAACCCUGGAGGACCUGGACGAGAACGGCGAUUCCGUGUUGGACUUCCCCGAGUAUAUGGAGAUGCUGCGGAGCAUCGACUCCAAGGUGGUGAAGACCCCGAAGGUCGUGGGAGAGACGCCGGACUUCGGCAUUUGAGCGGAAUGCUGAAUGCUCGGAGCCAGACAGCCGUCAAAUUCGCGCGGCCGGAGUUGCCCGCGUGCUUGGCAGGUUUCCCCGCUCCGCCCAAAGCAUGAAACCUUCUGCAGACUCAAGGAGC